UAACCAUCACUGAAAAAGGAUGCCACAAUUGACAUUUUGAAUAGCCUAAUCAUAAACUGUUGGUUGUUGUUGGUUUAUUCGUUGAAAGUGACGAAGCCUUUUUUUUUCCGACUUGACUGAGCAAUUCUGGAAAAUAUAGUGACUUACCAUGACAAGCUGAUUCCGCUACACAGUUGCGCGUCUGGGAACUUCAGUUCACCUGUCAUGUUCAGACCUGCUCCGGUCACAGGUGUACCUGCACCUGCUGUGCGAGUUACAGGCGCCGCGCUGUAUUAGUCAGACGCGCGCGUUAUUUUUUUUAUUCAUUUAUUUUUUUUUUAUAUCAUUUUUUUGCGUUCAUUUUCAAUAACUUUCGCUUUUAUAAAUUUCGCGUCUCGCGUCUGAAUGGGAAAUAAAAGUUGGGGUUUUUAAACAUUAAAACAUUAGUCUAUUUAGGCUUUAAGCGAAGGCUUCUUGUGUAGGUAUUACAUUUAGAUCCAAUCUGUGUAUUUUUGGCAUGGUAAGAAUUGACGACACAUGCUGGCUGAAAAUUUCAUUUUAAUUCAAUUAGCCUACAUGCCGUAAAAAAAGAAGAAAAAAAAUGUGAAGGGUACGGUUUUUAUUUUUACCUCAAUUAUUGGGAUAGUGGAGAAGGAGAGACAUGAAAUGACUGUGGAGAAGAUGGGGAUCAGGAUCACGAAAGGACUCGAACUCCAGUCGCCCAGUUGCUGCUGCACCUGUGUCAGAGCGCUGCCCAGUUAUUUUACCACUAUUAAUAAAGAUCAGUUUAUAAUUAAUCAGGUUAAAUUUUGAGUACCACGUUUUGUAAGAGGAACAGUGUUGAUUGAAACAGUACACCUGGGUUGGCAAUUCCCUCUCAGGAACAGUGUUUAAGCCUUUGUUUAAAUCUAAUGCGACCUUUCAGGAAAGUUGUAUUUUUCGACGGUUCACCUGUAAUUAAAACGACUUUGGAGUACAGUAUAUACCCAAAAUAUUUGCCUGUUUGUCAUCUCAAGCCAUGGUCUCUUUCCAAGAACAUCCAAACAGAACUUUGUUGAUGACUGUCACCAUAGCUCAAGCAACUUGAGAACCUGUAUCUCUGUGAAUCCUGAUGAGAAGAAAAACACUAUUCUUGUAAACGGGCGUUGCUCGUGCUACAGAAUGAUCCAGCUUACAACCAGCGGCGACCUUUCACAAGUGACGAUGAAGCCUGGAAGUCGUUCCUGGAGAAUCCCCUCACAGCCGCCACCAAGGCCAUGAUGAGCAUCAAUGGAGAUGAGGACAGUGCCGCAGCUCUGGGUUUGCUAUAUGACUACUAUAAGGUGCCACGGGAAAAGAGAACAAUAUCCCAGCCAAAGGCUGACGUCCUGGGCUCUGAUGUGGAUCCCAACAAAAGGAUCUUAAUGUCCCCUCUCCAAGAGACGUCAAUGACAGUGGCAGAGAACCGAAUCCAGGUUUUGAAAGGAGUACCCCUAAAUAUUGUUCUUCCAGGGAACCAGCUUGCCCAGGACAAGCGAUCCCUUUUCCCCAUACCAGAUACCACAGUGACAGUGUCCAUAGCGAAUGUGCCAAACUACCCAGUGAAAACCGAGGGCUCAUCACACGGAUUCUCCGUCACAGUCUCCAACCCUCACUGCUCAGAACAAGACAGCCAUACUGUAGUGUUUGACCGUCAGCUCACCCACAACCAGUAUAGCCCCAACACACAACCACGUACCCCAGAUUCGACCUUCCCUGAGACCUUUAAGGAUGGGACCUCAGAAGUGUUCUCGUUCCCAGGGGAUCUACAGUUACGCAUGGCGUCCAUCACACAGGAGGACUACACCACUUUUGACACAGUGUCAGGAAAUAAUUUUGAGUACACAUUAGAAGCCUCCAAGUCUCUCAGACAGAAGUCAGGUGAUGGCACAAUGACGUACCUGAACAAGGGCCAGUUUUAUCCCAUUACCCUCAGGGAGACCGACAAUGGCAAACUCCUGCACGGCCCCAUCUGUAAAGUCAGGAGUGUUGUGAUGGUAGUGUUUGGAGAGGAGAAAAACAGAGACGACCAACUCAAGCACUGGAAAUACUGGCACUCAAGACAGCACACCGCCAAGCAAAGAUGCAUUGAUAUUGCGGACUACAAAGAAAGUUUCAACACCAUCAGCAAUAUUGAGGAGAUUUCAUAUAAUGCCAUUUCUUUCACGUGGGACAUCAGUGAGGAAGCAAAGAUCUUCAUCUCAGUGAAUUGUUUGAGCACUGACUUCUCCUCUCAGAAGGGAGUGAAGGGCCUGCCGCUCAACCUGCAGAUCGACACCUACAGCUACAACAACCGCAGUAAUAAACCCAUCCACCGCGCUUACUGCCAGAUCAAGGUCUUUUGUGACAAGGGUGCAGAACGCAAGAUCCGCGAUGAGGAGAGGAAACAAUCACGCAGGAAGGGCAAGUGUCCCGAUGUCAACCCUCCUUUGGGAAACUUUGGGGUGGAAAUGAAGGUGCCCCUCCUGCACAAGCGCAGUGACAUUACAGUCUUUAAGACAAUGACUGACUUUGAGACACAGCCUGUCCUCUUCAUUCCCGACAUCCAAUUCUCUACCUUCCAACGUCAUCCUUUCUCUCCUGAGGACUCUGAGGAAGGCUCUGGGAUGAAGAGAUUAACUUUUUCCGAGGAGGAGUUUGGAUCACCUCCUAAUAAAGUUGCAAGGAUGGAUGAGCCAAAAAGAGUUUUGCUGUAUGUGCGUAAGGAGACAGAGGAAGUGUUUGAUGCCCUCAUGUUGAAGACUCCAACUCUAAAAGGCCUGGUGGAAGCAAUUUCAGAGAAAUAUGAAGUUCCUCUUGAGAAGAUGGGGAAGGCCUACAAGAAAUGCAAGAAAGGGAUCUUGGUAAACAUGGAUGACAACAUCGUCAAGCACUACUCUAAUGAGGACACCUUCCAAAUCCAGAUGGAGGAGAUGGGAGGAAUGAUUAAGCUCACGUUGACAGAGAUUUGAAAGUCUGUGUUUUUGGGUCAUCCUACAGACUGGUAUAUACAAGUCCAGAGACCCUUUCUCCUACUCUUUUAGGAUACCAUAGAUCCCUUCUGCCUCAGCAACAUGCUUUCAUCUCUUUGUAUAGUCUAUAGUGAACAGUUUUCUGUGCCUUGUAGUAUAUGAGACUAAAGUACUUUGUGAAUUGAGAGUGAAAUAAUGUAAGUAUCUCUCGAGUGUUUCUGCCAAAUACCUGGAAGAGUUUGAGCCAUAUAUAGUUUUUCCUGUUUAUAAGCUGACUUUUCCUCAUUUAGUUUUCCUUAAGUCAUAGCACUGUGAGAUCCUAAUCUCUUAAAAGGACAAUUGAUUGGACACUCCAGUAGGGCGUUACUACUGUAGUAACAUUUUGGGGUUUGGGGAAAACUAUCCUGAGCAGUAUUUAGUACAGUAUAUAUCUGUUCGUGUGUGUGUGUGUGUGUGUGUGUGUGUGUGUGUGUGUGUGUGUGUGUGUGUGUGUGUGCGUGUGCGUGCCUGUGUGUGUGUGAGCGCACAUUGAGAACGACAAAACAUUUUUAUAUAAUCAAAAAUUAUCAACAGGCUUAUUUCACCAAUUUUCAAACUCAACUCAUGAAUUUAGAUACAAUUGUCAGCAUAAGUUUAUGAGAAAUGUAUUUUCCUGGAGUUAUUUUCAAAAUGAUGUGGUCCUGGGAGAAUGAAUAUCUAAAUGUUUAUUCUAACAAUGCUUUAUUCUAAACAUACUUCUGAUAGAUACUGUUUUUGCAAUUGCAGUUGAAUGCAGUUCACUAAAUAUAUAUAUAUAUAUAUAUAUAUAUAUAUAUAUAUAUAUAUAUAUAUAUAUAUAUAUAUAUAUAUAGUGUGUGUGUGUAUGUGUGUGUGUGCGUGCUUGCAUGCAUGCAUGCGUCCGUAUGUGUGUCCGUGCAUGUGUGUGUGUGUGUGUGUGUGGCAGGGCAUGCAAAAAUGUUUGAAGUGGCCCUACCAUCAAUAGUGUUGUAGUAGCUAUUUGUAGUAACCAGUAACCAUUAUAUAAUGCCCAGUUAACUAAUGUUACUUUGGUCUGUAUAACAGAAGCUCUUGCCACAGUGCACAUACAGAAUCUAUUAUUCAGUUAGGAUUACCCAGUCCCCUUUCUGAAGAAUGUUGUUGCUAAUGAAAUGUAUAGCUUUUGAUUCAUUUGGAAAAUGUUCUGUAAAUGUUCCUGAUCCACUCUUUUGUAUCAAACCACUUAAUGUGUAUAUAUUUAUUGACAAACUGGGAUGGGACUUUUUAUAUCUAUAGCAAAAUGUUUUUUUUUUUUUUAAUAAAGUCAUUCUAAAUAAUCUAUUGGGAAUCUUUUUAGUUUGUUUUUAAUGUCUAAUUUGGUUUUAAAGUGCAUACAAAGCAUUCUUAUAUUAUAUAUUGCUUUUUAUUGUUUUUUACACUUAGUUCAAAUAGCCUCUACAAUUUAUUUACCUCUAUGUCUUCCACUGUUGGUCAGACAUUUUUAUUAUGUAUAAAAUACACAUAUUAUGUAUGCUCAAAUAAAAGCCACUUUGGCCUUUGUUUUGUAUUUGGCUGUGUAUUGUGGUUUUCAGCCAGCUGUAGCCAUUGCUGUUGUCAUGGAAACCAACAUAAUCCAAUAGCCCAUCUGUCUUGUGAACAGGAAGUGGGCAUCUUAACAGAGAGUGUCUCAAAGCAGUAGUGACCUCAAUACCCCUU